AUGUCCCGUGUGCGAUUCCCAUGUCUGCUACUGGUACCAAGGCAAAGCCUCGCAGCCCUCUGCCGCACAGCCUCCACUAGUUUGGCUUCCCGUUGGGCGGGCUCACUAUAUUUAGCACCCCCAUUGCCACCCGUCGGGUCCCUGGGGUGGAUGAUGGCUUGGAUGUAUGAGGUGCCAACGUGUUUGGGCCAGCCUUUUCGGCCAGCCACCGGGACGCAACAUCCUGUGUGCGCGUCUCUUUGUCCGCAGCCUGGACCGGCUCAUGCUGCGCCGGCUCGGAACAGACUCGGCACACCGCGCAAGAGGCCCGGGGGCGCCUCCCGAACGCUCGUCCGGAUCCGCCAUCGGCCGACUGCGCACCUGGAAUCGAGCCCCCGAGCUGCCUCUGGCCGUCCACGUGGCGCUCCGACCCGGCACUUGCGAACUCUAGCGCGUGUCGCUGACGAAACUAACUGCACAACUGGAGCCGCCCACGUCCGCGAAUCUCGUACGGGCUGCGCCGGCAGACCUGUCACCUCGUCCACCAGCCCGACCGUUCGGCAGCAUGCGUCGUGUCCGGGUACGUCGGCUCCGAGCAUCGCCGUGUUGGAGCCACCAGGCGCUGCUGUGCGUUUGAGUGACAAUGCGACAGGUUUCCCUCUUCGGCGUCGUCAACGACAGUUGUCAUGUGACGAGGCAUGGUGCCGGGACGUUGUCGUCUCGCCCGCCGCCACGCCCAACUGCAGGUGCGACUACGUACUCCCGUUACUCGUAGUCAACAAAGGGGGCUGCGCGGCUCGUGCAACGGGCGCGCAGCGCAGUGAUCAGUGA